UGCAUUAUAAUCCCUCUAUAUAUACACGCUGGUGACAACAAGUUUAUUGCAUUGCAAAGCAUAAACUUCUUUCAGCUACUCUAUUUGAUUAAGCCAAGCAAAGGUAAGAAACUAAGAAUGGCCUCAAUUCAAGUGGAUAGCCAAUUCAAUGACAAGCAGAAGGCUGCAAUCGAAAAGGCGACGCAGGAGGCACAAAACAUCCUAGCCAACAACGACAGUGCGAAGGACGCGCAGCCACAUCUGCUGGUUAAAGUAGCAGGCGCUAUGAAGAAUUCUCAACACCGGCCAAUAAGGCUAAUGAAAACCCAUGAUGCUAAGGGAAAAUUUGUCACAAACCCUCCAGGGACCAUCGGCGGAGAAGCAUCCGGUGCGUUUGUGCACGAAGGCGCUACCUCGCAAGGACAACUUCCUGUGGUUGUAGGCUCAAAGUGUGCACUCAUAUAUGGUACCUUUGACAAGUCUUUCCCUGCUCUUGGGUAUCUUUUGGCUUGGGACAUGCCCGAAAUAAGCCUUGGCAGUGAGCUUAAGGUGUUUGUGUUAGCUGGAGAUCCUUACAAGCUCGAGAAGAUGGAGUGGAGUGAAAUCGAACGAAGGCUAAAUGCUUCCGGCAACAAAAGCACCUCUAUCGACCACGAGAUAGGCGCUAUAGCCACUGCUGAGAUCAAGCACACCCAUAACACCAACAUGCGGUCUCUGGUUGCUGCCAGUUUCGAUCGUUUCGAGCCCAAGGCUUAACUAUAACAAGUUAGCCAGGCCAAAUGCGUUAUAAUCUAUAUUAGAGGUACUUAAGAUUUUAAUUAUGCAACUUUAUAUUAUCAUGUUUUGUUUUAUGCUUAUGAAUAAAUAAUGCCCCAUGGUUUUGUAACGCUAACUCAUAAAAUCUAUGCUAUUAUAUAUUAUCUAUGCACUUAUUGGUAGUUCAAUUCCU